GCUUGGUUUGGUAGAAGUCAAAAAUGAACCAACCCCUAACCCAACCGAACCCAGAAGGCAGCGACCAGUCGCAGCAGCCACCACCUCCUGUCCACACAGAAGUAGAAGAUGAUGAUGAGAAUGUAAAACAACUCAAAGAUUGCUCUGUUAUCUACCUAUCCUUACAGGAUUGCCUUGUUAAGACUGACAGGAAUUGGAAAUCUUGUCAAGUGGAAGUCCAGGCCUUGAAGGCAUGCAAUGAGAGGAGGAAUAAUGGCAGAGGAAAGUGAGAUCAUAGCAAAGAUGAGCUUCAAUUAGGAUUUCUAAUAUGUAUGAAUUUUUUAUAUUUUUUAUGAACUAAUAUGUAUGAUUUUUGGGUUUUAUUAUUUGACUGAAUCUUUAAAUGAAAUGGUGACCAUUUCUUGGUUGUUUUGCAUAAAAAAAUUUGUAACCAAAACCCGCAAGUCAUGUUUCUCUUCUCUCCACAAGUCAUCAAAUGCAUUUUGUUCUAGAGUAAAGCAGAGUUAUAAAGAAGCAUUUCUCUGUUUUUGCUGAGAAACAGAAGCAGAGAUGCUUUGGAAUUAGACAGCCUUUACACAGAAGUAAUGCAGAAUUCUCAGGAGGAACCUAAGUCGAAACGUCAAUAUUGAGAAUUCCUUUCAUCUGAAAAGAUAAUCCGGCCGAAAAAAGAAGAAGAAAAAUAUCGUUGAGCAAAAGGAGACGGUAACGAUAACCAUCAGCUUGAUUCAGGAAACAGAAAAUGAUAUGAUAGCCAAAAGAUGGGCACAAAGAAAUAAAUAGACAUAUGAAAUGUGGUAGACUUGUGGAAUUCUGGCGCUAGAUCCUCUUCCAAAGCAGUUCGACCUUGGCAUUUUGUUUUAACGAAACAAACAAGUCAUCAUCCGCAUUUUGUUCUAUAGAAGUAGAGUUACUGUCUGAUGGCUAAACAACAAAAAGAUGAGGUUUCUGUGUUUGCUGAUCAUGAGGAAAAGCUGAGUUGCUUUUGGCAUUCUGACAACCUUUUCACACGAGUAAUUGAAGAACUCCUAGCAGGAACUUGUGUCGAAACAUUGUUGACACAUUGAGAACCCUAAGCCUCUGAAAAAUAACCCAACUGCUCACCGCACAUAGCGCAUGCAGUCUCAAUUGUCGGAGUCAAUUUAAGCUGAAAAGGAGAAAUCUUGUUGAGC